AUGGAGCAAGAAGAAGAAGUGGUGGCUGCAGCAGCUCGAGAGGAUGAAGACUCCCAGCUGAUUUACAGGAUCGAGCGUCCUGUCUACAAUGAAACUCUGAUCCAGGCACAGCUUCUUAAACGCAAAGAAGACACCACCACAAAUUGUCAGAAGCUGGCAGAAAAGUUCCAGUGUUCUUCAGAGAAGGCCAAGGCAGCAGCUCUGAGCUUCAUGCCUAUUCUCUCAUGGCUGCCGUCGUAUCCAGUCAAGAAGUACCUCUUUUCAGACGUGGUCUCAGGUCUCAGCACGGGAGUCGUGCAGCUUCCACAAGGACUAGCCUACGCUAUGCUGGCUGCGGUGCCUCCUGUUUAUGGUCUGUACUCCUCCUUCUACCCGGUCCUGCUGUACACCUUCUUUGGCACGUCCAGACACAUAUCAGUAGGUACCUUUGCUGUCAUAAGUCUGAUGAUUGGGGGCGUCGCUGUGAGGGAGGCACCAGACAGCAUGUUUAUGAAUAUCAAUGCUACUGGAUCCAACGCAUCUGAUGCCAUCAACGUGGAGCUUCGUGAUAAGAGCAGGGUCCAGGUGGCCGUGAUGGUCACAACUCAUCCAGGUCAGCCUCCCGCCUGCAGAGCAGCCGUGGCUAAUCUCACUGUUUAUCCAAAGCAGCAGCAGCAGCAUAUUGUUUUAGGUCUUCUCAGGUUUGGCUUUGUAGCAAUCUACCUCACCGAGCCCCUGGUGCGAGGCUUCACCACAGCAGCAUCCAUGCACGUCGUCAUCUCCCAGCUGAAGUACUUGCUGGGGGUGGAAACGCAGCGUUAUUCUGGGUUUCUCUCUGCUAUUUAUAGUGUCAAAGCAGUGCUCAGCAGAAUCACCAGCACCAAUAUUGCCACUUUCCUUCUGGGGCUCGGGUGUAUCAUCUUCCUUUACGUGAUCAAAAUUCUCAACGAGCGCUUCAAGAAGAAGCUGCCCAUUCCCAUUCCUGGAGAGAUCAUUGUGGUCAUCGUGUCCACGGGCAUCUCCUAUGGUUUGUCGUUAUCAAAGGAAUACAAGGUCCAUGUGGUUGGGAACAUACCAACAGGGCUUCGCCCUCCUGCUGCCCCAAACAUCUCGCUGCUGCCCAAUUUGGUCACAGAUUCUUUUGCUAUAGCGAUUGUAGGAUUCUCCAUGGACGUCUCGCUGGCCAAGAUCUUUGCCCUGAAACAUGGCUACAGUGUGGAUGGCAACCAGGAGCUCAUUGCACUCGGUCUGUGUAACUUCAUCAGCUCCUUCUUCCAAACGUUUGCCGUCACCUGCUCCAUGUCGAGGAGAGCACAGGAGGCAAAACACAGAUUGCAGGGCUCCUGGCGUCGCUGCUGGUGCUGGUGGUGGUGGUGGCCGUCGGCUUUGUCUUCGAGCCGCUCCCUCAGACUGCGCUGGCUGCCAUCAUCAUGGUCAACCUCAUAGGGAUGUUCAAGCAGUUCAGAGACAUUCCCAGUCUGUGGAGGACCAGCAAGAUUGAACUGGCCAUCUGGGUGAUCGCCUUUAUCGCUUCUGUGCUGCUGGGACUGGACUACGGCCUCCUGGUGGCCGUCACAUUUGCCAUAUUGACAGUCA